CUUCACAUCUGACAACAUCAACAUCUGACAACAUCAAUAGAACGUACCUUCACUGGGGUAAGAAGACUAUUUGCUAGAUGGGAUUAGACAUUAAGCCAAAUGCCACACAAUUUACAAUUAAAGGUUUUUCGGACCUGUUGGAACUCCAAGUCCCUUUAUUUAUUCUGUUGCUUCUUAUCUACCUUGUGAUUAUCUUUGGCAACAUGACAAUUUUUACAACAAUAUCCCAGGACCCUCAGCUUCAUACCCCCAUGUAUGUAUUUGUAAUGAACCUUUCUUUGAUUGAUAUCUCUUAUACUUCUACCAUUCUGCCAAAUCUUUUAAACAUGCUCAUAACCCAUCGUAAAACAAUAUCACUUACUGGGUGCCUUACACAAAUGUAUUUUUUUCUGUGCAUGGCAUGUUCUGAAGCCUUUCUACUUGCAGCCAUGGCGUAUGAUCGCUAUGUGGCUAUCUGUCACCCACUACACUAUGUUUAUCUUAUGAGUUUAAGACGCUGUGCUCAGUUUAUAGCUGCUGUUUGGACAAUAGGUUUUGUGGACACUGUGGGAUAUCCAAUCCUUGUCGCCAAAAUGUCAUUUUGUGAUUCCAAGCUUAUCGAACAUAUUUUCUGUGAUGUUGUACCAUUGCUGAAGCUAUCUUGCAGUGAUACAUUUAAUGUGGAGCUUCUGACUUAUUUGGAAGGGUCAUUUAUAGUAUUUAGCUUAUUUCUGUUUACUUUAAUUUCAUAUUUUUUUAUAAUAUCAACCAUUUUAAAAAUCCGCUCUGCAGAGGGACGCCAUAAAGCAUUUUCUACAUGCGCCUCUCAUCUAACUUGUGUGGUUAUAUAUUAUGGAACAAUAAUGUGUCUGUACAUGAGACCAACUUCAAAUUAUUCUCCAGAUCGUGACAAAUUCUUUUCUCUCCUGUAUAUUUUACUUGUUCCUAUGUUAAAUCCUGUUAUUUAUAGCCUUAAAAAUCAAGAUGUCAAAAAUGGUCUGAAUAAACUUAAAAACCGAAACACCAUUGAUCUGUUUGCCAGCUUGGGUCCCCACAGCUCUACAGCCACUACAACUGGAAAUAAUUCAAGUAGUUCUAGGUUCCUUUUCAGACCUGAGGCUACCCAUGGGAAGGCCACGAAGCUGCACUCCAUUCACCUUCAAGAUAUGCCCAGUAUCCAAAGCCACCUGCCACAUCUGUGA